AUGGGCCCACCCCGACCGUUUACCGUCACCAUCAUCGGUGGAGGCAUCGGUGGCCUCGUUCUCGCUGUCGGGCUGCUACGACGUCAGGUUCCUGUCCAGAUCUAUGAGGCUGCCGCUGCCUUUGCGGAAAUUGGGCUGGGGUUGUCCAUCGGUCCAGCAGCUCACCGGGCGAUGCCCCUCAUCGACCCGGAGAUUCGAGCCAUCUACGACGCUCUCGUCACAACGCACGCAGACAGCCCGGGCUAUGAGCGAUACAAACAGACCUGGUUUGAACUCGUCUGGGCCACCGGCGACCACGAGGGCGAAACGUUGAUGGACUUGAAGGCCUUGCCUUCGGGACAGACGACGCUGCGACGUGCCGACUUCCUUGCCGCCCUGGUAGCUCUGGUCCCUCCGGAAAUUGUUCACUUUGGCAAACGGCUGAACCAAUUGGCGGAAACGGCAGACGGGGUCCGCCUACAGUUCGAAGAUGGCACAACUGCCAUGGCAGAUGUGGUGGUAGGAUGCGAUGGGAUCAAGUCUAAGGUCAAGGAAUCAAUGCUGCCCGAGGAGUCCGCUGUGAAACAACCUCGCUAUAGUGGCAUGUAUGGCUACCGGGCCGUCUUCGAUAUGGACGAGAUGGUGGCGGCGGUUGGCGACCAACGCGCCCGAGUAUCCACCAUGUAUCUCGGCAAAGGCGCCUAUGCCAUCUCGUACCCCAUCAUGCGCGCCAAAAAGGUAAACUUCGGCCUCUAUAUCCUGAGUGAAAGCUGGGAUCAUGACGCGUGGGUUCGACCCGCCAGUAGAGAAGACAUGCGACGAGAUGCUCAGGGUAUGGGAAGAUACGUGCAGGCUCUUGUUGAGCGCAUGCCCGACCCUUCUCAAUGGGCCAUCUUCGAGCAUCCCCAUUUAUCUACGUACACUAAAUCUCGCGUGGCCAUACUGGGUGACGCGGCUCAUGCCUCCACGCCACACCAAGGGGCAGGUGCCGGUCAGGCCAUCGAGGAUGCUCACGUCCUGGCAGAGUUACUGAGCGACCCGCGAGUCAAUAGCGUAGAUGAUGUCGUGAAUGCCUUCAAAGCAUACGAUCAAGUCCGUCGACCGCGAAGUCAGCAUGUGGUCACGACGAGUAAGGAAAAUGCCUAUCUACUCUGCUUGUGCCUGGACGGUGUCGGGGAUAAGGAGGAUAAGCUACGGGAGACAUUCCAGCAACGACUGCGGUGGCUCUGGGACCUGGAUGUACAGGAGCAGGCCGAACAAGCACGGAGGAAGAUGUUUAAAUUUACUUGUCCUUAUCCUCAGACCAAGAUUGAGAGGCUGUUCGAUCUGCCUUGGUCUGAGAUUCGAAUAUCAGAAAAGGGAAAAGAAUGGGAUGAUGCACAAUACUAUAUAGGAGAGGUUUGGCAUUGGUCAGCGCGUCCAUCGUAG